AUGAUGAGCCGUAACUCCCAAAAACCAAGCAAACCGGGGCUGGUGAAAAGCUCGAGCGAAGAUGCGGACACAAACGAGGAAUCCUCGUCCGGAUCGACGGAAACGGGCAGCAGCUCCGAAACCGAAUCGGAGAUGGACACCACCGAGACGUCCUUCUCGUCGAAGAGUGCCACCGAGUGCGGUGGCCAUGGAUCGGGAUGCAGCCAACAGCAGCAGCAGCAGCAGCAGCAACACCAACAACAAUCGCAGCAAGGCUUGCUCCGGGUGCACAACCGCAACUACGGCGUGUACGGUAGUGGUACUGGUGGAGCCGAGCUAAAAAAUUCCAAAAACUCCUGCCACAAUCAUCACAAUCAUCAUCACCACCACCAUCACCAUCAUCAUCAUCAUGGAGAGGACGAGUGUAAGAAGGAUGCGAAUUGCAGCUGCAGAGGUGGCCUCGAUCACAGCGCGCGCCUCGUACAUAGACUCAAGAAAGCAAAGAAAACACUACCGAUCAGUAUUUGUAUACUCAACUGCCGCUACGACAUCAUUUCGCGGGUGGUGAAGCGGCUCGGCUACCGGCUAGUUGCUGAGUCGGACCUAUGGAACGUCUGCUGGACCGACUCGUUCGUCGGGGUGGACUUUUGCCGCGAUAUGCGCCGCUUCCAGAAGGUGAACCACUUUCCCGGGAUGUUCGAGAUUUGCCGCAAGGAUCUGCUGGCCCGAAACCUGAACCGCAUGCUCAAGCUGUUCCCGAUCGACUAUCAGAUCUUCCCGAAAACCUGGUGCUUCCCGGCAGACUUGGGCGAUGCGAUCGCUUACAGCAGGACACAUCGAAGCAAAACCUUCAUCCUGAAGCCGGACCAGGGCUCACAGGGGAAGGGUAUCUUCCUGACGAAAAACCUGAAGGAGAUCAACCCGAAGGAUCGUAUGAUCUGCCAGGUGUACAUCACGAAACCGCUGCUGAUCGAUGGCUACAAGUUUGAUCUGCGCGUGUACACGCUGAUCACGUCCACCGAUCCGUUGCGGAUCUUCGUCUACAACGAGGGUCUAGCCAGGUUUGCGACGAACAAGUACAAGGAACCGUGCGUGACGAAUGCAUCGAACAAUUUCAUGCACUUGACGAACUACUCGGUGAACAAGUACAGCCGGACGUUCUCGAACGAUGAUGAGGCGGGCUCGAAGCGUCGGUUCUCCACCCUGAACCGCAUUCUGACGGCCGAGGGUUACGACAUUGCCGAGCUGUGGAGCAACAUUGACGACGUGAUCGUGAAGACGGUGAUGAGCGCCUGGCCAAUGCUAAAGCACACCUACACGGCCAGCUUCCCAACGCACGACAUCAUACAGGCGUGCUUCGAGAUCCUCGGGUUCGAUAUCCUGAUCGACCACAAGCUGAAACCGUACGUGCUGGAGGUGAACCACUCGCCGUCGUUCCACACGGACGAAGCGAUCGACAAGGAGAUCAAGGAAGCGCUGAUCCGCGAUACGUUCGUGAUGCUCAACCUGAACGGAGAGGUGAAGAAGCGCGUGCUGGAGGAGGACAAGCGACGCAUCCAGAACCGGUUGCUGCAGCGGCUCCGGGAUUACUCGAAACAGACGGGCCCAAAGACCGGGGACACUGCGGCACAGGGAGGUGGCCGUGGAGAUGGAACAGUGGCCGGUGGGGACGGUGAGGCUGACGAGGAGCUGUACGGUGAGGAUGGCACGGGCCCGUGGGCAGAGCAGAUUAACUGGGAGGAAACGCAUCUCGGAGGCUACCGAAGAAUCCUGCCGGCUCCCGGCGAUCCGAACCGUUACCUGCAGUUCUUUAUCGCCCAGAGUCAGGCCUCGGUGUACAACGAGACGGCCGCUAGUAAGCGCCGGGAAGAGUGUGCCAAGCAGCAGCGGAUUGAACUGGAGGAGCGCUUUCGCCUCAAUCAGGCCAUCCUGCACAAGCACAAUCGGAAACUCCAGAAGGGCAGUGGACUGUGUCCGGGUGAGGAUGCGGCCGGUGGCGGUGGUUCACUCGGGGCGAAGAAAAAGAUCCGCAAGCGGAAGCUGCUAAAGGUGACGAAGAAACACGAUGACUACACGCCCGAUCAGAUUGCGGACUACGAAGAGCGGGAACGGAUGGCAUUGCUCGGUCAGCGGGACUUUCUCAUCCGAACCUGCGGCUUGGUGCAAAGCAUGUACAUCAACUUCCACCGCAACAAGCUACUGACGGAUUCGGAUCGGAGGAAGUACAAGGAGACAUACGCUAAGCUGAUUGCAAACGAUCAGCUGCAUCAGUCGGAAUCAUCGCCCCAAUCGAACCACACCUUAUCGACCAUCAGUACCGUGGCCGGUUCGGUUGCUUCGACUGCGUACGGUGGAGUUCCGGCAGCAGGGACAAACAGUAGCAAUACCAACACCACCUGUCUACCUAGUCUGGCGAAUAAUGGCUCAGGCCCUGGGGCCCACCAUCUGCAUCAUCAUCACCAACUGCCACAACCUCAAACCUCGACCACGACGGCAACGCUGCAGUCGAAUCAGUUGCAGAAGCUCCAGAUCAAGAGCCUUGUCGCGAUCAACGAUGUGACCUCGUGGAUGCAGUGCACGGAAGUGCCCGUUCCGAGUCGGCCACCUCUUCCCUAUCUACUGGCAACUCAACCGACAAACUAUCGCAGCACCAAAUCGACCAUGGCACGCCAGGUGACGAACGUGGUGAAGCGCCACAGUCUCGAGUCGCGCCAGUACUACACCUCGGACAAGAUCAUCUAGUAUUGACUCCGGCACGGCAGAAUACCGGGCCGUGCACGACCAGGCCACCACCACCACCACCAUACGGGCUGCUUACUCGUUUUCAUCGUUUUAUUCUUUCUUUACUUCCUCCUCCUGCGUGUGUCUUGCUUCAAUUUCUUCCACUUUCCCUUCAGUCCUGAUCGUAAACGAUGGUGUUCGCUACUAUACACAGACGAGGGAGGUUUCAUC